AUGCUACCCCUGCUGCUGCUGCCCCUGCUGUGGGGGGGUAAGUGGGCCAAGAAAAGGGGGUUGGGCACAGGUGGGAGUGGGCUGGACCCACCGCCAAGCCUCUGUGUCCCCCCAGGGUCCCUGCAGGAGGAUGCACAGUAUGAGCUCCGAGUGCAGGAAUCAGUAACAGUGCAGGAGGGUCUGUGUGCAGACGUGCCCUGCUCUUUCUCCUACCCCUGGAGCUGGUGGUAUUCCCCUGUGAUCCCAUAUAUGUACUGGUUCCGGGAUGGGGACAACAUAUACAAUUCCCAGCCUGUGGCUACAAAUAACCAAAGGAUAAAGGUGAAGACAGAGACCCAGGACCGAUUCUACCUCAUCGGGAACCCCUUGGACAGCAACUGCUCCCUGAGAAUCAGAGAGGCCAUGACGAGCGACCAGGGAGUCUACCAAUUCCGAGUGGAGAGAGAGAAUGUGAGAUAUACUUACAGAGAUAAGAAGCUGACCCUGAAGGUGGCAGCCCUGACACAGAAACCGGACAUCCACUUUCUGGAACCCCUGAAGUCUGGCUUCCCCCAAAAGCUGACCUGCAGUCUGCCGGGAUUCUGCAAAGGGGGAAGACCUCUCACCUUCUCCUGGGUAGGGGGUGCUCUGGACCGGCUGGACCCCCAGACCCUGUCCUCCUCAGUGCUGACCCUCACCCCGAGGCUGCAGGACCAUGGCAGCAACCUCACCUGUCGGGUGUCCCUGCCAGGAGCUCAGAGCGCCGUGGAGAGAACCAUCAGGCUCAAUGUGUCCUACGCUCCCCAGAACCUCACUAUCAGCAUCUUCUUCAGUGAUGUUGCAGCCCUGAAGAUUCUGGAAAACACCUCAUCCAUUCUCAUCCAGGAGAGCUGGGCUCUGCAACUGCUCUGUGCUGCUGACAGCAACCCCCCUGCGGAGCUGAGCUGGUUCCAGGGGUCCCCCGCCCUGAAUGCCACCCCCAUCUACAGAAGUCCCAUCCUGGACCUGCCUCAAGUAGGGGUUGCGGAGGAAGGAGACUUCACCUGCCGAGCUCAGAACUCGCUGGGCUCCCAGCACGUCUCCCUGCACCUCUCUGUGGUCUACCCCCCGCGGCCGCUCAGCCCCUCCUGCUCCUGGGAGGGCGAGGCGCUGCAGUGCACCUGCUCCUCCCACGCGCGCCCGGCCCCCACCCUGCGCUGGCGGCUGGGGGAGGGGCUGCUGGAGCGGAACCACAGCAAUGCCUCCUUGACCGUCACCUCCAGCGCUGAGGGACCCUGGGCCAACAGCUCCCUGAGCCUCCGUGGGCCGCUGGGCUCUGGCCUCAGACUCAGCUGCGAGGCCUGGAAUAUGCACGGGAAACAGAGCGCCGCUGUCCUGCUGCUGCCAGGGAAAUCGGUAUUCCUGGCAGGAGCCCUGCCUGCAGCUCUUGGAGGUGCUGGUGCCACUGCUCUGCUGUUCCUAUGUCUGUGCCUCUCCUUCUUUUGCAUAAUGAAAGCCCGCAGGAAGCAGACAUCUGGGAGUGGAGACGGCAUGGAUGAUGAAGAUCCUGUCAUGGGUACCGCUGCCUGGGGUUCCAGGCAAAAGGCCUGGCCAGACAGCACCCAAGACCAGGCGACUUCUGCUGGGGAUGCCCCUCCCUCGGGGGAUCAACAGGAUCUGCAUUAUGCCUCCUUCAGCUUUCAUGAGAUGAAGUUGAGGGAGCCUCAGGAUGAGGAGGCCACCAGCACCGAGUACUCAGAGAUCAGGACAAGCAAAUGAGGACUGCUCAGAGCUUGGUGCUGGCCUGGGGAAUCACAAUCCCUGGGGGAGAGGAGUCAGGCGCUAAGUGGUGAAGCAUGUGGAGCCCUGUGGCAAUAUGAACAGGAAAAACUGUCCAUGUGUCUCCAGGCAGAGCUGACUUGGGCUCAAACAUAGACUAUCCAGCAAGUUGCUCCAUUUCCCUGUGCCUGUUUCCUGUUCUGUAAAUCAGAGAUCAUGCAUCCUGCCUCAGAGGUGGUUGUGGACAUUAAAGAAAUUAACAUGCAGAAAUCAACCCACAGAGGUCCUGUCUCACCAUGUGUGCUCCAUGCCUCCUACUGCUAUCUUCUUUGGACAGAAAGGUCCUGCUGGCAAGUUACCCUGAGGCUGGGGAUGACCAGGCCUAGGGCUUGCUCAUGCUCCUUCCCAGAACUCUUCAAAGCCUCCCAGGGAAGGACCAACCCCUUGACCUGCCAUUUGCUUCAUGAUACAGCAUCUUAUCAUCUCUGUCAGGUCUUCUCUUCAUCCCACUUGUACCUGUCAAUUCUUCCAUCACAUUCCUUCACCUCCUGACCUCCAGUCCCUUCCCUAUGUCAUUUAUGGGCCUCACAGGGAUCUGUCCAACAGCCAGAGAGCUGACCCUGGAUCCCUUGCACAAACCCCUUCAAGGCUCCCUAGCCUUAGACAAUACAUAAGCAUCUGGUACCCCUGGCAUUUUUAAAAAGAUUUUAUUUAUUUAUUCAUGAGAGACACAGAGAGAAAGGCAGAGCAUAGGCAGAGGGAGAAGCAGGCUCCCUGUGGGAGCCCAAUGUGGGACUUCCUCCCAGGACCCCAGGCUCACAAUCAGAGCCAAAGGCAGAUGCUCAACCACUGAGCCACCCAGGCAUCCCUGCCCCUGGCAUUUAAAGUCCAUCAUGACCUGACUGCUAGCUACUAUUGAAAAAGAAACAACAGAGGCACCUGGGUGGCUCAGUCAGUUGAGCAUCUGCCUUCGGCUCAGGUCAUGAUCCUGGGGUCUUGGGAUUGAGCUCCUUGUCAGGCUCCCUGCUCAGUGGGGAGCCUGCUCCUCCCUUCCACUUGUGCUCUCUCUCUCGCUCUCUCUCAUUAUCUGUCUCUCAAAUAAAUAAAUAAAAUCUUAAAAAAAAAAAAGGAAAGGA